CAAACACGCAGUUGGUGUAGGAAGUCUACAAAGCAGAACAAGCAACCAUAUCCAUCUGUGUCAACAGAUUCCUGCUUCACCACUCUGCCAGCCCUUCCUCCUCAAGGCCACCGAUCUGUCCCUGAACAACCAAAAGAAGCAGAACAGAACAAGGUACAUCACGCAAAUGGCCUUGGUCAUUAUUUUGGUUUCUCCCAGCAGGACUUGAGACACAGUGAUCGAGAGGACUUCACACGCAGAUCCAGCAGUGCCUCCAGCAUUUCAUGGUCAUUUCAACGAAGCAAGUCUCUAUUCUGCUUGCCCACAGCAAACUCCUCCUUAGCCUCAGAGACUUUUCCUUUCAGUGAACCGUUUCAGUUUUUAAAUACUGGAUCACCUGCAACCAGGUUAAAAACAUGGAGAUGCAGCCCCAGGCUUAACAUUGAUGACUUGGAGGGUGCCCAGGAGACUGAUGUAGACACAGGGAUGAAGCUGUCCUUCUCAGACCUGUCUGUGGUCUCUGCAUAUUCUGCCCUUAAUGGAUUUUGCAAUGACUUGGAAGCCUCUCUUCCCCCACAGAAAAAAAGACUUAGUAAGGCUAAACAGGCGGUCACCAGUGGAAGGCCUGUAUCAGCCAUGUGCAAUACCUUGGGCUCAGUUGACGGUUCAUUGCCUUCUCUUUCUGAAUGGUCUUCCAGCUCAUUCAUGUCAGCAUCUCUGUCUGAGCAGCCCAAACAGUCCUUGAGAGCAGCUCCUUGUUCUCUGGAUGGUCGUGGCAGUGUUUGCCCAGCUUCACCAGCUAACGAAGAAGAAUUUUACAUCUGA